CCAUGAUGACCAGUAGGCCCGACCACAGGUCCUACCACGGUCCUGGAGGCCAAGAGGUUAAGUAACCUAGGGAACCUAAUGUAGGUGUAGGCCCUGAUGGAAAAAACUCGUUUAUGCAUUUAACAGAAGGUAGGAGUAAUUGUAAGACUAAGAUGUAAUGUUAUGCCCUGGACUGAUGAGAAGGGUAAUAAGUUAACCGGGAUCUUACGGAAAUGAAGAUCUUAAGUCACUAGUCGUAGCGCCUUUUAACGUAGAUCCAUGCUUAGAGUCACUUUCGAGAGUCAUACAGCUGGGGCUCGACCUACAUCCUUCUCGAGAGCCGUGUAACUAGGCCUUGGCUUAAAUCCCCUACAAGAGUUUUAUAUCUUGGCCGCCACCGACGAGACCCAUGACUCCUUAACAUAGCCAAGUUUUGAGGAUUGUUGAAACCUUCUUUUGGUGGAUUUUGUCUAGUCACCUGCGUGGAGCUAUGUGGAAGGACGAUACAUCCACCUUUUCAGUAUUUGCAAAUAUUUCAUUGGACUUUAGUUAAUAAUUAUUUUCUUAAUUAAAAUUAAAGAGCAACUCAUCUGUGAUCGUGAGUUUUGAUUGAAAUGUGUGAGUGAACCAAUCAGAAACAUGACGUCAACCCCGGUUAUGGAAGAACGUGAACUGCCUGCUGAAGAUAACAUCAAAGUGAUAUGUCGAUUUAGGCCACUCAAUGACACUGAAGAAAGGAUUGGGUCCAAGUUCAUUGUCAAGUUUUCUGAUGACAACUGCAUAUCCAUAGGGGGGAAAGUAUAUGUGUAUGACAAGGUGGUGAAGCCCAGUGCAACUCAAGAGCAAGUCUACAAUGUAGCAGCUCGGACCAUCGUUAAAGAGGCAGCUGGUUUCACAUCUCCGGCGGGGAUCAUUCGGUCGUGCCCUCGUUGUGAGACCGGCGGGGAUGAUCCCGGUUACGAUCCCGCUGUGCCUCGCGAAGGGCCGAGGAUUCUGUCGCUCGGUCGUGGAUGGCGAGGCUGCCGUGCCGGGGGGAUGACGUUCAGUUUCCUUGGCUCGCUGGAGUCAUCGGGAAGUCCCCCAAUGGAGACGUGA